GAAUAAUCUAUCUGAGCUUUAUUUGGAUGGCACUGCAAUUAAGGAGCUGCCUGCUUGUAUUUUAAAUCUCACCAGAGCAGGAAUCUGGGGUUUUCUUCAAUAUGAAAUAUUUUGAGGAUGAGGUGCAUAAUGGCAAUUGGGAUGAAGUUGAGAAGUACCUCUCCGGGUUCACUAAAAUGGAAGAUAACAGCUAUUCCAUGAAAAUCUUUUUCGAGAUAAGGAAGCAGAAGUAUCUCGAGGCAUUGGACAAGCCUGAUCGGUCCCAAGCCGUGGAUAUUCUAGUAAAGGAUUUAAAUUUUUUUGCCGCAUUCGAUGAACUUUUGGAGGAAAUCGCUCAGCUCUCAACAUUGGAGAACUUUAGGGGGAGAAUGAACAACUAUCCAAGUGUGGAGAUUCAAAGUCUGCCAGGGCAAUCAUGUCGGUUGAACUUAAGAAACUGAUUGACCCAAAUCCCUUAUUCAGUGAUAAAUUGCAGUUCCCAAACCUAAAGCGUUCGAGGCUAUGGACUCUCAUUAACCAAGGGUAAUUACUCUGAAACCACGACUUCAGUUAUAUAAGAUUAGAUGUGCACUUCAUCGUAACUUAUGGAUGUUGCAAAUACUGGUCUUGCUUUAAUUUUUCCACAUAUGGAAUGAGUGCUUUUGUCUUCCGUUGCACUCAAAUGACAAUUUCAUCAAGUUGAUAGCACUAGCUAAUGAGUUCAUCGUUUACGUACAUUGUCUAUGUUGCUAUAAAAAGGUGGUUAUGGCUUGAAUUCUGUGGAAACAAAAAGAAGUCAUUAAUAUUGUUGCAAUGCCUAAAUCAUGUGCCUGAAUCUUAAUUU